AUGCCGGCUAAAGAGUUGGUCCGUCCUUGCAUGGACUGCAAGGAUGCAGAGGCUAUCCUAGAUACCCGAAAGAGGCAUUAUUGUGGGGAGUGUUUCAAAGCUUUCGCCUCCCACAAAGUGCUUAUGCGGAUGUCCAAAUACAAACAAAUGAAAAAGACAAUUGGUCAAGCACCCAAGCUGCUGCUCCCACUGUCCCUGGGUGUCUCCUCGUCGGUCCUGUUGCAUAUCCUCAACGGCGAUAUUGAACGCCAACUCGCCAAGACCUUCGUCAAUAUUGGUUAUGAACUCAAUAUGAUCGUUGUCGAUCCGUCGACCAUUCUCACGCCAGAUACCAAACACGAUCAGGUUUAUGAGGCCGUUACGAAGGCUUUCUCGAAGCUUACUUUCACACGACUGCCACUUCACAGUGUCUUCGAGUACGUCCCCGAUAUGAAGGAAAUCAUCCAAGAGUAUGCUGGUCCAAGAUAUAUCGAUGACGAAUCACGGUCGGAUGAGUAUCGUCUCACGGCGUUCCGAGCUGCUAUCUCCACUGCAACCUCCAAGGCCGACCUCGACUCCGUGCUAUUGACUAGACUUGUUGCUGGAUAUGCCAAGAGUCUGGGUUGCGAGACUGUGAUCUGGGGCGACUCGGAUACUCGACUUGCAGCGAAGACACUUGCCGGGGUUGCCAAGGGCCGAGGUGCCUCGUUAACGUGGUCAGUCUCCGACGGCAUGACGCCUUGGGGUGUAGCCUUUGACUUCCCGCUCCGUGAUCUGUCUAAGCCUGAGCUUGAACAGUUUAAGGGUGUCUGCAAGGAGCUGUCAGACAUCGUUAUCCCUGAUGAGCCUGUUUCAGACAAUGUCCUGACCAAGAACCUGUCUAUUGAUGAGCUCAUGAUGCGCUACGUUCGGACGCAGGGAGAAAAGUACCGUGGUGUCAUGGCGAAUGUGUCGAGAACUGCCAACAAACUUGAGUCUACCACCGGAUCGGACGAUGCUUUAUGCCCGUUGUGCGGUGGACAUGUUGGGAAUGUCAAGGGUAAUUCCGGAGUCACGGUCGCAAACCAAUCCAGCGAUAAUUACAGCUCCAAGUUCUGCUACGGAUGCAUGAGGUCUCGUCCAGAAGCCACUUGCUAA